GAACUCGAGCUAUCUACAUCUGGCAGGACGUCGCCACCGUCAUGUUGUUGCAGAGACUAUUGCUAUUUGCUGAACGCUCAAGUCAACUGUUUGCCUGUGGGCGAAGAUUUCAUGGCAUAAACGGAUUAAUUGAGCGGGUGUGGUCUCAGUGUGUGCCACUGUCUCAGUGCGACUCGCAGCUUUUGCAGACCAUACGGACAGCGUUUAAUAUUAAGAAGCUGUCGAACGAAAUUUUGGACAAAUUUGAUGUUCGAUAUACUCAGCUGGUUGUGGGCAGAGGAUCUGGAGUUCAAGAUUGUGUUGCUUUUCCACUAUACGACUUCAACAAGAAAACUCUACUUGAUAUAUCAUUUGGCACAAUUGAUGUACGAAAGCUGUACGGUUCCUUUGGAAACAGCUCUGAUGCACUUGCUGUUUCUCUGUUUGGUUGGCAUACAGUGGCAUCAGCAACCACCAGCAAGUUGGUGGUUACAGACAGUGAGUUUGAUGCUCUAGCUGUGUAUCAGACGACUUCCUUACCUGUUGUCAGUCUACCAUCAUCGUCAUUUCAUCUGUCUGAUCGUGUCUUUGAGUAUCUCGAUCGGUUCGACAGUGUUGUGCUAUGGAGUGGGAAGAGUGGUUUUGCUGGUAGCAUUUCGCAUCAAUUGGCAACUCGCCUCUCAGCAGAAAAGUGCCACUUUGUCAGACCACUGCAGGAUUUGACAAAGGUUGGUCCUCUUGAAGCAAUGAACAAAGAGAUGGAUAUGAGGCAACUUGUUCAGCAAACCCAACCCCUUCUCUAUGACAAAAUCGUGUCGUUUCAUCAGUUACGUGAGCAUUUACAGUAUGAGCUCUUAAACAAAGAUCACAUGGUUGGUACAUCGUGGAAACGAUUUCCUUCAUUGACUGAAAUAUUAAAGGGGCAUCGUCGUGGAGAGCUGACUGUAUUUACAGGCCCUACAGGAUCCGGAAAGACAACGUUUAUGAGUGAGUUGUCACUUGAUCUCUGCAUACAAGGGGUUCCGACACUGUGGGGCAGUUUUGAGAUUCGUAAUGUGCGCUUGGCAAGAACCAUGAUUAAUCAACUUGCAGGUUUCAGUGUUGAGGAUCAGAUGAAUGAAUACAGUCGAUGGGCUAAACGGCUGGAGUUACUUCCAUUGUAUUUCAUGAAUUUCCAUGGCUCACAGAGUCUCAAAUCUGUUAUAGAGGCAAUGACUCAUGCUGUUCAUGCGUAUGACAUAAGACAUGUCGUCAUUGACAAUCUACAGUUCAUGAUCAGUCCAGAGUUAAUAAGACAUGAUCGCUUCCUGUAUCAGGACAUGGUUAUUUCAGCAUUUCGCACAUUUGCCACGUCACAUAACGUUCAUGUAACGUUAGUAAUACAUCCAAGGAAGGAAGAAGAUGACAGGGAGUUGAGUAUGUCUUCCAUUUUUGGCUCAGCCAAAGCAAGUCAAGAGGCAGAUAAUGUGUUGAUAUUACAUGUAAUGAAAGGAAGAGGGAGCUCAAAGCGAAUUCAGGUGAUCAAAAACCGUUUCGAUGGUUCGCUUGGGUCGUUUUUCAUACAGUUUGAUCCAAAGUCCUUGAGAAUGUCUCGAUUCAGUUCACAGAGUGAUUUGUCAGACGAUCAAGGAAAGAACAAGCAACACGGACAGAAGAAAAUCAUAGACAGACGAAGAAUAUCACACAACUACCAAGAAGCAGACGGACAGAAAGAUGCAGGUGGGAAAUCAAGUCAGGCUGUAGCUGGUCAUUCCCUUCGUGCAGUAACAAGUGGAGAAUUAGCAGUGAGCAUGACAACUUUAAGCAAGAAAAUUAGAAAGGGGCACAAAGGAAACACUUGA